GGGAAUGUUAAUCGCGUCAGGUGGCAGCAGUGCGGGAAGGUGGUCACCCCCCAGGGAUUAGAAGUGGAAACAAUCGCCAUCCCUGUGACCAGGCAGGGACACAAAGAGCCAUUGUGCCAGGAGCACAAAAUCUCUGCUUAUUACCGCGGGGCUGACAUGCUGACAGACCCGCUCUCCAGGCCAGCACAAAAGCUUCCUUGCUUCAGAUUGUUUGUUUAUGUAAAUUAAAAUGCUGCAUUUAAUUAUGCAACGGGACGAGCCUCAGCAACAAGCGAGGUGCUGAUUGGGUCACCCCGUGGCCAGAGCCCCUGGCAAGCGCCGGGGACAUCGGUGGUGCCACCGCGGUCCCUGCUGUGCCGCGGUGCCCGCAGACGGGGACGCGCGCGUUGGCCCUUGGAGAGGGGAACCAAAGCCCGGGAAGAGAGGCGGGUGAGGAGCAGCUCCCGCUCCGGGUGCAGGAGUGUCCCCGGUGGGGACACGGCCCAGCCCUCGGCAUGACAGAAGUGCCAGCAGCAUCCCCGGUGCCCGAGUGCAACGGCAGCGUGUCACCGGAGAAGGGCCCGCUCCAGGUCAUCAGUGCCACCGACGAAAUAGCAAAAUCUGUCCGGACGGUUCCUUACGCCAAUGCAGAAACCAGCCCUGAUGCUUCACCUGCGAAAGAAAAUUGGGAGGAAAAUAGAAAUUCAUUGGCACAGGACAUAAUUCCCAGGGAUUUUGAUGGAGAGAAGCAAAGCGAAGAGAAGCAAGAGGCAGCCGAUGGGCCGCUGCAGCAGGGACCAGCUGCUGUCCAGGACUCGGGGACCAGUGGCCAGGAGUCACAGGAAGGGCCGGGCAGUGCAGGGACACCUGCGGACAGCGAGGAGCCGGAGCUGGGGACAGUGGCCAGCCCCAGCGGGGACACCACGGGGACCCUCGGAGCCAGUGCCGAUGGGAGAGGGAAUGCAGCUGAGGAGGAGGAGGACGAGGAGGAGGUGGAUGAGGAGGACAUGGAAGAGGAUGAAGUUCAGGUGAUCGAAAUCAAGAAGGAGAACGGCGAAGCGUCCUGCCUAGAGCAGCACGACGGCAGCAAGGAGCCAUCAACCCCCAGCAGCCCCGGCUGCGCCGCCCCGGCCGAGACACCCGGCGAGCAGCCCAGCCCGGGGAAGAAAAACGACAUCUCCAGACACAGCUAUUCCAGAUACAACACAAUCUCCUACCGCAGGAUUAGAAAAGGAAACACCAAACAGCGUAUCGAUGAGUUUGAAUCCAUGAUGCACUUAUAAACUGAGGUGGGGAAUUACUUAAUGAGCCGAGCGUUCACUCUGGUUCGUGGUUUUCUUUUUUGGUUCCCCCAAUGUCUGUCCACACAACAUGAGGUCACUGCUUUUUUUCCUUUUUGUAUAUGAUUUCAUAAUACACUGUGAACAUUUAACAUCUUUGUUUCGACAGUGGGCAGAGGCAUCCAUAGCGCAGGAAAAUAAAUAAUCAGUUUGCUAAUUAUCAUACCAUUUGAUUUAAA